GCGUCCAUUUUGACAAUUCCAGCACAGAAAAUUUUGUGAAAUUCUGUUAAGAGAAUAAUAUUAAUAAAUCGUUUUUUAUUGUAACAAUUCCUAUUUAACAAAACAUGGAUUCAUCAAUCAAAACUAAGAAGUGCUCCGUAAAGCUAAACCGUUUAUCAUAUGUCGGAAUUACUCCAGCAGAAGUACAGGAGCAAAUCUUAGACCAAAGAAUAAGACGUUGUGCAGUGCGGCUACAACGUUGUUCGGAAAAUGUAAUAUGUACCAAUGGCAAAAUUGAUGGCUCCAUUGGAAAAGACUCCAAAAUGCGUCGUUGUUGCAUUCGUUUGCCUAGGUUAAAUUUAGUACGGAGUGAAAUAUCCUCACGCGCUGGCUCCGUAACCAGUGCUAGAAUUCUAUCUGAAUCAGAGUUGGAUAGUUCCCAAAUUGUAGACCACUAAGCACCACCAAACAAACCCGAUAGAUUGGAAUACUUAUUUUAAGUUUCAUUUACUAAAAUGUAUAUUAAAAAAGCUCAUAUAUACCUAUGUAAUGAACUAAACAUUUUUAAAUAUUAAAUCAGCAAAAAUUUUGAAAUACCUAUUUUGAAAA